AAAAAACACUAUCGAUUAAAAUGAAGUGAAAUACAGAACGAGGGAGGAGAAGAAGAAGUCGGCAUCCAAAAUGCCCCCGCAGCCUCAGCCUACUCAACCCAACAAAUUCUACUUCUUCCAUGGCCACCGAAGGCCUUCCCAGAACAGACCCAUUGUUCGUGGUGGCUUCUUCUCCAACCGCAAGACCCUAAAUCCUACUGCUAUCCCCAAAUUCCUCAAACCCCAGAACCCCAUUUCUCAAUCUGAACCAUUUGAUAUCCGAAAAUGGGACCCGGACCUCCCCAAAACCCUAGCAACCCCACCCACCAAAACCGCAUCAGAGCAAUUCUUCACCGUUGCCAAAACCCUGUCUCCCAUCGCCAGAUUCAUCUGUGAUUCUUUCCGCAAGCACAAGAAUUGGGGCCCGCCGAUCGCCGCCGACCUCCAUAAGCUGCGCCGCGUGACGCCAAAUCUCGUGGCCGAGGUACUAAAGGUUCAGACUGACCCAGCACUCUGCUCCAAGUUCUUCCACUGGGCAGGUAAACAGAAGGGUUAUCGUCACAAUUAUGCUUCUUAUAACGCAUUUGCUUAUUGCUUGAAUCGAAACAAUCAGUUUCGGGCAGCAGACCAGGUGCCUGAGUUAAUGCAGAUGCAAGGGAAACCACCCAGUGAGAAACAGUUCGAAAUUUUGAUUAGGAUGCACUCAGACGCUAAUAGGGGUCUUAGGGUGUACUUUGUGUAUGAGAAAAUGAAGAAAUUUGGUGUUAAACCGAGGGUGUUUUUGUAUAAUAAGAUAAUGGAUGCACUUGCAAGAACGGGGCAUUUGGAUUUGGCAAUGUCUGUGUACGAGGAUUUUAGAGAAGAUGGGUUGGUGGAAGAGAGUGUUACUUUGAUGAUUCUGAUUAAGAGUUUGUGUAAGGCAGGAAGGAUGGAUGAGGUUUUUGAGCUUUUGAGUCGAAUGAGGGGGAAUUUGUGUAAACCAGAUGUUUUUGCGUACACUGCAAUGGUGAGGGUGUUGGUUUUGGAGGGUAAUUUGGAUGGAUGUUUGAAGGUGUGGGAGGAGAUGCGGAAGGAUGAAGUCGAGCCAGAUGUUAUGGCAUACACCACUUUAGUCAAAGGUUUGUGCAUGGGGAACCAGGUUGAGAAAGGUUAUGAGUUCUUUAAGGAGAUGAAGGAGAAGAGUUAUUUGAUAGACAGGGCUAUUUAUGGGUCAUUGAUUGAGGCAUUUGUGGUGGCUGGCAAAGUAGGUUCAGCUUGUGAUUUGUUGAAAGAUAUGAUGGAUUCAGGUUAUAGAGCUGAUUUGUCUAUAUAUAAUUCUCUUAUAAAAGGAUUAUGUUCUGUGAACCAUGUUGACAAGGCAUAUAAACUUUUUGAAGUAACUGUUCAAGAGAGUCUUGAACCAGACUUUGUAUCUGUGAAUCCCAUGUUGGUGUCAUAUUCAGAGCUGCAAAGAAUGGAUGACUUUUGCAAGUUACUUGUGCAGUUGCAAAAGUUGGGAUUUCCUGUCAUUGAUGAUCUGUCCAAAUUCUUCUCGUUCAUGGUUGGGAAAGAGGAUAGAAUAAUAACAUCUUUGAAUGUUUUUAAAGAGCUGAAGGAAAAAGGUUAUUGUAGUGUUCCCAUCUAUAAUAUUUUUAUAGGAGCUCUCCACAAGAUUGGAGAGGUAGAAAAAGCAUUGUCACUUUUUGAUGAAAUCAAGGAGUCGAGCAUGAAACCAGACUCAUCCUCUUACAGUAUUGUAAUUUCGUGCUUUGUUGAAGUUGGGGAUAUCCAAGAAGCAUGUGCCUGUUACAAUAAGAUAACAGAGAUGUCUUGUGUCCCUUCUGUUUCUGCCUAUUGUUCUCUUGUGAAAGGACUCUGCAAAAUUGGCGAGAUUGAUGCAGCUAUAAUGCUUGUCCGUGACUGCUUAGCCAAUGUCACGAGCGGUCCCAUGGAGUUUAAAUACACUCUUACCAUUCUCCAUGUAUGUAAGUCAGGUGAUGCUGAGAAAGUGGUUGAAGUAAUAGACGAGAUGAUACAACAAGGUUGUCCUCCAGAUGAUGUUAUUUGCUCAGCUAUUAUAUCGGGAAUGUGCAAGCAUGGAUCACUGGAAGAGGCAAGGAAGGUAUUUUCUAAUAUGAGAGAGCGUAAACUUUUAACUGAAGCCAAUGUGAUUGUCUACGAUGAAGUAUUAAUUGACCACAUGAAGACAAAGACAGCAGAUUUGGUGCUGUCAGGGUUGAAGUUUUUUGGUCUGGAAUCAAAGUUGAAAUCUAGAGGUUGUACAUUGCUGCCAAGUUGAAGAUGUCAAUCCAGUUGGAAGAAAGGCCAAUUUUUUUUGGUUAUUACUUGAAGACACCAAAACAACGAAGAUGUGUCUAAAAUUCUCCAUUGUUGCUCCUACAUCACACAGACAAUCUUUCAAACCUUGAAGGAGGCUUCAGCAGCCAAAAUAGUACCCUAAAGAAUCAAAUGGGGGAUUUAUCGGCACAGUUCUGUUUACUUUCUCUGCAAGCAAGAUUAUUGUUGAUUACUACCAGAGCUCCUCAUCUGUUAAAGGACUCCCCUUUAAAAGAUGGACUGAGGAAACAUUUCUUUGUAAAGCAGGGUCUCACAUUUGAUGGUGCUCGCCUAUCUUGCAGACCAAGUGUUUGCCCCAGCUGUCAUGGUGGGACCAGAUGAUUGAUGAACCUUAUGCAGCAUGUUGAUAUUUCAGAUCUGAAACGAGCAAUCUCCACUGAGAUACGUGGUGGUAUCAUUGAAUCCGUGGACUGACUGAUACCAAAGCUAUAUUGUACUGAGACUCGAGAAUAAUCUCGCAAGAUGAAAUCUGCUAAACAGCUCCGGAAGUUUGAGAAGAAUUACAAGGCUCUAUAUUCCACGAGGAAUAUACCAACCUACCAGGCGGUGCAUAAUGAGGAACUACAGUGCUUCUGUUUUACAUCUCUUUGAGCACAAGGAUGUGGAAGGCAUUUGAACUAUUUGUGGAAUUCAGAGAAUAAUGUAAACCCAGAUUAUUGUUCAUUCUUAAUGCAGGUCUUUGUCCCAAUUCCCACCAGUUAUUUUGACCAUAAUCUUCUGAGGUGGCAUGAUGCAGUUGCACAAGGGAAGGAGCUCACCGAACUGCCGCAGUUGAAGCUGCACUGCUUGGUUUGCAAGCUUGGAGUAGAGACUCCGGCCACUGCUAAAGAAAUGGCUAUGGUUCAAUUCGGGGGAUGCUUAGUUGACUACCAUCCCUUCAUACUCUAUCUUCUCUCUCUCUUUUACCAACAAAAUAGACAAUGUAUUGAAAGUGGCAAGCAAAGAAAUUCCUAGCUGAAAAUGCACAAAUAUUCACAGAUUUUGGAAUGACUCUGGCUUG